UCCAGUUCGACCACUAGCCUGGGAACUUCCAUAUGCCGUAUGUGCGGCCCCAAAAGAACAACAACAAAAAAAUCUACUCUGAGAUACUAUCUGUGGAUCUGUCCAGAUCUCUAUUCUCAGAGACAUACCCCCAAUUAGUGUGUAGGAGACUUUGAAAAUGGCAAAGAAACAAAUAAAUGCUGAUUAAUAUGAUUUAAUGCUGAGACUUGUCCAUGCAGUCAAAAUAAAAUGAGAGAAUACUGAACUAAAAAGAUUUAAGAGUCCUAAAGCCCUAUUACAAGUCAUCCUACCAAAGUAGUGAGGCUAUCGAAAAAGUCAAUUAUGCAUCAACACCUUCAGCAUUAUCUGCUUGGGGAAAUUUCUGUUGCUUACAAGGGAGUCAGAGAUUUGAAUAGUAAUGGAGAUGAGGAUUUAUGGCAAGUAUCCACUGAAACAUCAAAUUGUACAGGGAGAGGAGGCAAGAUACAGAAAGGGGAAAAAAGCAUGAGGAGGGAAAGGGAGGAACAGAAUCAGAUGGAUAUGUAUCCACCAAGUGCAUAGAAGUAUAAGAGAUUUAUAAAGUCAGAUAAAAGUGACUUAAAUGCAGAGAUAUCAUAAACAUUUUGGGAGGGAAAGAUAGGUUCAAAAAUUAUUCUUCUGAAGCAAAAUUGAGUAAUUAUUCUGCAACAAAUUCUGUGAUGUGUCUAGGAAUAGAUCAACUUGAGGAAUUACAAAGACUGGCAAUAGGAGUUCCCACUGUGGUGCAGUGGAAACGAAUCUAACUAGUAUCCAUGAGGAUGUGGGUUCAAGCCCUGGCCUCGCUCAGUAGGUAGAGGAUCCAGCAUUGCUGUGAUCCAUACAUAGUUUAGGUCUCAGAUGUGCUUCGGAUCCCAUGUGUCUGUGGCUGUGGGGGAGGCUGGCAGCUGGAGCUCCAAUUCGACCCCUGGCCUGGGAACUUCCAUAUGCCAUGGGUGUGGCUCCCAAAAUAAAAAAGAAAAAGAAAACCAGAAAGACUGGGAAUGAAGGUCACUUACACAAGAUAUGGGACAUCCCUGGAGUCCAGUCCAGUCCAGCAGGACACAGGUUUGGGCCAAUUGAAUGGAAAGUUAUAUUUGACCUGAUUUGGUCAAUUACAAUCAGCUUUACCUCUCCUACCUCAAGAAACUUUGGUUUUCAUCAUUCUCACCUUUUCCCUUUAGAGCCCCUAAAGGUCAACAAUGAAAAACCAAACCACAUUUACUGAGUUUAUUCUCUUGGGCCUCACAAAUCAACCUGAGGUCCAGGUGGUGAUAUUCAUCUUUCUGUUCCUCACCUACCUGCUAAGUGUCCUAGGAAAUCUGACGAUCAUCAUUCUCACUCUGGUAGACCCCCACCUCCAGACCCCCAUGUACUUCUUCCUCCGGAAUUUCUCCUUCUUAGAAGUUUGCUUCACAUCCAUUUUUAUUCCCAGAUUUCUGACCAGCUUGACAACAGGAAAUAAAGUCAUCAGCUUUGCUGGCUGCUUGAUUCAAUAUUUUUUUGCUAUAUUUCUUGGGGCAACGGAGUUUUACCUCCUGGCUUCUAUGUCCUAUGACCGCUACGUGGCCAUCUGCAAACCCCUGCACUACCUGACCAUCAUGAACAGCAGAGUCUGCAUCCAGCUUGUGUUCUCCUCCUGGCUCGGGGGAUUCCUCGCUAUCUUUCCCCCAAUCUUCCUGAUGAGCCAGGUGGAUUUCUGUGCCUCCAAUGUUCUGAAUCACUAUUACUGCGACUAUGGUCCCCUCCUGGAGCUUGCCUGCUCAGACACAAGCCUCUUAGAACUGACGGUCAUCUUCUUGGCAGUUGUGACUCUGGUGGUUACUCUGGUGCUGGUGACUCUCUCUUACACAUUUAUUAUCAGGACCAUUCUGAGGAUCCCUUCUGCCCAGCAAAGGACAAAGGCUUUUUCCACUUGUUCCUCCCACAUGAUUGUCAUCUCUCGCUCUUAUGGCAGCUGCAUGUUUAUGUACAUUAAUCCUUCUGCAAAAGAAGAAGGUUCUUUCAACAAAGCAAUAGCUGUGCUCAUUACUUCAAUUACUCCGUUGCUGAAUCCCUUCAUUUACACGCUAAGAAAUCAGCAAGUGAAGCAAGCAUUCAAAGACACCAUCAAAAAGAUUGUGAAGCUUUAAAAAAGAAGACAUAUUUCCAGGAAAAUAUGUUUCAUUUAAUAAAUAUGUAUUCAGUGUCUACUCUAUUUCAAGUGCUGCAUUGGCACUUGAGGAUAAAAAUAUGAAAGACCUAAAGUCCUAAUUUCAAGGAAUCUAUGGUCUAGUGUAAUAGGAAUGUGUAGAAACUGUAAAUUGAUGUCAUAAGUUUACAGAAAAUAAAAUAAUAUGGUAGUGUUAUUACAGAAGGAUGAAUGAGACUCCCAAAAUAGAGUAAUUGGGAAGCAUUAACUGUUUUCUGGAAAUUACUUGAAAUUUAAGAGGCAAAACAGAUUGCUCAUUUAGAAGAAUGGGAAUAUAAAAACUUAGAGUGAGAGAGGCCAGCUCAUAAAGGUAUUUAUUAUAAAGUGUGGAGUUGGACAUUGACGAGUCCCCAGGAGUUUUAAGAAAGGCAGGUAUAUUAUUAGCAUUGUUUUAAAGGAAAUCUAGCUGGGGCAUUAGUCUUGAUUAGGGAGUUCUGGAGAUGAUGCUUCUUUCAAAGUGUCGAUAUUUUUUAUUCUCCUUACCUUUUUCUUUAUCUUUCAGUUGAGCCAUUGCAACUUCACUCUUCCAUAAAACACAAAAAGGCAUUUGGUCCACUUGUCCUCAAGUGAGGUGAAAAUGCUCAAGAUUUUGUCAAUUUACACCUCCAUUUUCUAGAAGUUUUUGGUUAGAAGAGAUUUCUAGAGGCAAAGUCAGACUCCUCUCACUCCUCCUAAACAAAUGGCAGUUUUCAUAGCUGACAUGUUUUUAUGUUAAUGGCUGAGAUUGCCACACUCUCUCUUUGAGAGUCUCCAGUAAUUUCUUUCUAUUUUGACUUCAUUUUCAUCUUUUUGUCUCCUUUGUUAGGUAUUAUAAAGGAUAAAUUCUGUGAUAUGACUUCAUUUGUUUAACUUUUCCCCAAAUUUUUGCAUUUUUUCCCACAUAAGUCAUGGAUGCCUCAUUCAUAAAGUGAAAAGGAAUAUAAAGUAGUAAUACAGUUUUAUACCCAGAAGGUUCCAGAUUAUGAGUUUUUGCAACUAACUAGGAAUAAACAACCCUAUCAAAAAUCUACACAUGGAUUCAAGGUAACAACAAACUGAAUUUGAAUACAGCCUCAACUUCAAUGGAACCUAGGACAUUUUGGAAAUCUGAAUACUUGUACAUAGUUCAGUAGUAACCUUAAUUCAUGGUAGAAUACCAAUUACUAUUUAGGGUAAAAACAUGAUGUGAUGUAGUCACAUGUUUUAUGUGCAGUAAUAAUGCUGAACAGAAGGAGGACUUAAUGAACAAACUGUAUGAGACUGAUUGUGAGAGAAAAUUUCCAGAACCACAGAAAAUCUUGAAGAAUAUAUAAUAUUUUUAAUAAACAGCCUUUUAUAUAAAGCCAUUGGUAUUUUGAAUUAUCUGGGUUUCCUUGGUGGCUAAGCCAGGUGUUGGUGAUAACUUUCAAUUCAUUCCAAAUCCCCUGAGCUAUUAAUUAGAGAAAUGUUCUUAAACAGCAACCCCUGAGUCACCAAGUUCUCCCAAAUCCACAUUUCUACCAAAAUCUAUGGUGAAGUGAAACAAAAUGCUAUAUAGUGGUUGAAAAUACAGGCUUCAGUUCAAAUCUCAAUUGCCCAACCUUCUACCCGAGUCUCCUUACAACAAUUUUUUACCUCCCUAGGGCUUCCUUUUCUCAAUUUUAAAAUGUGGAUAAUAAUAGUGACUAUCUUACAUGACAGUUUUGAGCAUCAAAUAAGUAUAAAAAAAUUUACACCAUUAUUUAUUGUGUUUUAAAAAUGAUAUCCAUUAUAACACAAUGAUAAUGGUAACCAAUAUCCUUGUCCAGAAACUCAGGCUUGGAAUUCCCUGGUGGCACAGUGGGUUAAGGAUCCAGUGUUCCUGUGGCUCAGGUCACUGUUGUGGCACAGGUUUCAUCCCUAGCCCAGGGUAGUUCCAAGGUCAAAAAAAAAAGCGAAGGAAGGAAGGAAGAGAAGAAAGGAGAAAGAAAGUCAGCUGAGUUGCCAGGCUAAACUGGUAAAAAUAGGUUUUUCAUUGAUUGG